AUGAGUACAAGUAAUCGGCCUGCAUCCAGUGCAAGUAGUGGAGCAGAGCUGAGUGUGCAGGUAAAAGUUUUUGCCAUGAGUGGGUCUGAAGCGUCCAAGUUUGAUGAGUUGAUUAAAGGUAAAUGCAUCAUCAAUAAUAGACUGUGUGAUGUCUUGUUUCAUUAUGGUGCCACACAUUUCUUUGAUUCUAUGGAUUGUGUAAAUUGUGUUAAACUGCCAAUAUCUUCCCUACCAUGUGAUGUUCACUUGUCUACUCCUACUGCUAAGCCUGUUGUAACCUCUUCUGUAUACUUAGGCUAUUUUGUGAUGAUUCAUGGUAGAAAUUUCUGUGUGGAUUUAAUUUGGUUAUCACUUUCUCAACUCGAUGUUGUUUUGGGUAUGGAUUGGUUGUCAUCCAAUCGUGUUCUGUUAGAUUGUAAGGAGAAAGCUUUAAUUUUUUGUGAUGAUACACUAGGAAAAUCUAGACUUCUAGACAUGGAUGAAGCGAGAAAUACGAUUGAAACUAAGCCUUUCAUGGUAUUAUUUUCUGUUAAGAUUGAUAAGGCCACGAAAGCUGAGUGUAUUCUAGUAGUACGAGAUUUUCUAGAAGUUUUUCUAGAGGAUGUAACCAAAUUGCCAUUAGAAAGAGAAAUUGAGUUCACUAUUGAUUUGAUUCCGGGAGCAAGCCCAGUAUCUAUCUCACCAUAUCGAAUGUCACUAGUGGAGUUAGCUGAGGUGAAAAAGCAAGUGGAAGAUCUAUUGAAAAGACAAUUUGUAAGGCCAAGAGUGUUGCCGUGGGAGCUUGAUGAUGGGUUUUUUCCUUGA